AUCAUCCUCCCAUUAUUAUUCCCACCCCCUCAAACUCUUCCGGACCAGCCUCGCCUUGAACCUUUCCUCCAGCUUCCCAUAUUCUCUACGAGCUACGUACACGAUGGGCCAACAAGCGUCCGUCCCCCAGCCCGGGACACACAUCCAAGUCAUCGGCGCCGGGCUCUCGCGCACGGGAACCGCUUCCUUCAGCGCCGCCCUGGAGAUCCUUCUGGGCGGCCCCAUCUACCACGGGGGUACCCAGACGCUGAUGGGCCCGCCUACGGAGAUCGUCUCGUGGAAGCGAAUCCUCCAGAGCUGGCUGUCGGGCGACCACGCGACCACGCUUGCCCUCCUCCAGACCCGCACCGCGGGCUACGCCGCCAUCACCGAUGCGCCCGCGUCGCAGCUCGUCCCCGAACUCCUCGAGCUCUACCCGGACAGCAAAGUCAUCUGCACGGUGCGCGACCCGGACGCGUGGGUGCGGAGCAUCCAGCAAGUCAGCUCGAUCGUGCGCCUGUGGUUCCUGGGCGCCGUGCUGCUCCCGCUCCCGGGGAUGCGGCACUUCAUGGGCUACAACUGGCUGCUGCAGGCGCAGUGGGACCGCAUCUAUCGCUCGCGCGACGUCGCCUGGAUCUACCAGCUGCACCUGCAGUGGCUGCGCGAGGUCGUGCCGCCCGAUCGCCUCGUGCUGUUCGAUGUCCGCGAGGGCUGGGAGCCCCUCUGCCGCGCGCUGGGCAAGGAGGUGCCCGACGUUCCCUUCCCCCGCAUCAACGACGCCCAGGCGGUGGAUCGCAUCGCCGAGUACUACAUCCGCCGGGGGCUGAUGCGGUGGGCCAUCCUGUUGGCUGUGCUUGGGCUGGGGGGUUAUUGGUUGCUGGGAAAGUAGUCACUGUUCUGAUGUGACGAGGUUGCAUACUGGAUGUACAGUACUGUACCCUACCACACUGUACGGUACUCGAGCCUGGGUGGGCAUGCAACCGACGUUUCUUUUUUUGUA